AUGUCGUCUGUUGUCGUACAAAAAGGCGAUGAUACUGUUCCCACUGGUAUCCAAACGAAGAAGAAGAAGAAGAAGAGUGAAAAAAUUAAGAAAAAAAAAUCUUCUUUUUUAACAAACAAUCAUAAAACAUCGAAUAAUAAUCAUAAUAAUAAUGUGAAUAGUAAUCAACCAUUAGUAGAAAAUUACAUUACACCACCAGAAAAUUCUUCAGUGGCUAAUACACACUCUCAACAAAAUGCGCAAAAACUAAACACUACUCCUAAUUCUAAUUUUAGCGCAUCGUAUAGACCACUUGAUUCGAUUAAUGAAAAUGUCGAAUAUUAUAUGUUACCAAAAUCAACAACCGGUAUACCAAUUCAACAUCCCCAACAACGUCAAGUGUUAACAACAUACGAUGAUGGUCAACAGCAACAUUUUAUAGAUUCUCGUUCAUUACCACCCUACGCUACAUUAAGAAAAUCACAUCGAAUUCAUUAUCAAGAACCACAAUCACAUUAUAUCACUACAGAUCAAGGGGGACAACGAUUUUAUUCUGUAUCACCACAACACGAUGAUGAAUGGAAACGGCAAUUUGUUUAUGGCACUAUUUCUCCCAGUCAACAAAUAUACUAUCAGCAACCGAGACGAGUUCCAUUAAGUCAAUUACCUGUCUCCGCCUCGUCACCAUCUAAUUUUCAACCAAUCUCUCCCAAUCUUCGUCAACGUCAUCCGCAUUUCGAGCGAAACGAAAUCGAACUUGUUAAACCGACAUUUCUUAUUGUUCCAAAAUCAGUUGAGAAAGAAUUAACUAAACAACUAGAGAAAGAAAAAACCGAACACGUUUCAACGAAAUCGCCGCAAUUAGUUAACACCAAAAAAAUGACGAAUGAAACACCAUCAUCGAAUAAACCAAAUAAAAAAUUAGAUAAGAAUAAAAAAGCAAAUGGUAAAAUUUCAAAUGUUAUCGUUGACAUACCAAACAAAACAUAUCGCAAUGCUGAAGUACAAACGACAACUGCGUCGACAAUAGAUUCAAUUCCGAAUAAUGUUUUUCAUCAAGUAUCCACAGCUGACAUGCAUACAAUGAACGAUCAAUUUAGACAUGUUGGAUUAACUACUGCCCCAGUGAAUAAUCCAUCACCAUAUGUUCAUUUUGUCACCGUGCCAAAUAUACGUUCUGAUGGUCCACCUGAACAGUCGGUAAUGCAAGAUGAAAAUGUUCAUGUUUUACCUGUGAUGAAUAGUCCUCAAUUAUACAGUGAUUAUGAUGCACAACAACGAUCGGUAUCAAUGAGAAGUAUGCCAAAUAUUGCUGUUGGACAAGUUUCACCACAAUUUUAUACACGAUCGGUGCGUCCAUAUGUCGUUCGAACCGACGAAGAAGUUACUUAUAAUCAACCCAUAUAUCAACGACAUAAAACAAACACCGAUGUUGUUGAAACUCAUAAUCCACAACAACAAUUGAAUAACAAUCAAAUUUAUGAAACACACGCAACAAAUGUACCUGUCGAUGGUAUUCCGUCUACGAGUAAUGUGAGAUCGAAUGCAUUGUCGCAAAUGGCACAGUCACAACAACACCAACAACAACACCAACAACAACACCAACAACAACAAGUACCUGAUCCAACAACAUAUAAGUCAAAUUCUGUAAGAGCAAAACAAACGAUAUUAGUACCAACGAGAGCGAAUAUGGAAACCCCCACGGAUGAAAGUAGUGUGGCGUCAUUAGAUUUUCCAACGGAUAUGGAUGUACCAGGUUCAUGGAAAUUUCGUUCUCUUGAUGGUAAUGUACAUCGUGUGACACGCGGUCGAACCAGAGCUCCACUGCCAGUCUCCUUCACUGAUCCAGCGGGUAUUCAUAGUGAUACAGAAGUUGUCCGAUCCGCUAGUUUUCGACACGUACAGCAACCAACACUACUUCAGAAUUCAAGAAUGUAUGGUUCAAUACCAACAAUAAGCAGACCAUAUGACUCAAUGCGCAGUGGUAUUCAAUUAAACAUGACUCGUGUAAGUGAAAAAGAUGCUCAAAAAGUAGCUUCAUUUUAUCAAAGCAUCGGUACAUUGGUCUAUGUUGGCCGUUCAAUAGCAACAUUAUAUACAAGCGACUUUAAUUCAAUGGCAAAUUUGAAAGACUGGCGAAAAUUGUAUACUGGUAUCCCAAUUUGGUUGUUUAACACUGGCAUGAAUCCAAAACGUGGUCGAAGUAUUCGAUUAAUAAUUAGUGAAAUUGGCAGUUGCUUUACUCUUUGGGAUACAAUUGUAAAUGGUGCAUCGGAUGUUCGUCUACCCAAAGAACGUCAUAUAACAUUAAAAUCAUUAGAAAAAGGCACUGUUUUAGCAUUGAAAUUUGAUGAUCUUAGUGCUACAGAAGAAUUUCAUAAUUAUUUUAGUCGUUUAUCAUCUGAUCCUAGAAAUCAAGAUUUAUUUGACGUAUUUAAUCCAAAACGUCGUUUACCCACAUUUCAGUUGAGAAAAAAGAAAGUAAAAAAAUCGGCCAUUUCAAAACCUACAGAAUUUAGCCACAUAACAAAAGUAGAUGAAAAUGAUCGAGAAAGUUUGUACACGUAUUCUGUUCUUGUUGAAGAUCAUUGA